AUGGCCGACGCAAUGGCUGGCAAUAUUCAAGAAUUAAUUUUCGCUAAAGCAAAAGAGUUAUUUAAUAUGUGUGAUAAAGAAGAAAAGGGUUUUAUUAUUAGAAGAGAUAUGCAACGGCUGCGAGAUGAGCUCGCUGUUGAGCCCGAACAACUUGAAGAUGCUUUUGACUCUUUAGAUGUUGAUCAUAAUGGCUUUCUGACUCUUGACGAGUUUACAUCUGGUUUCGGUAUGUUUCUUGGUAUCCAAUUGGAUAACAUUAAUGAGAAUGGACCGGAAUUCAUCGAGCAUAAUUCUAAUGAUAAUGAUGAAAAACGAGAAUUUCAUGACACGUUAGUAACAUUGGGUGCAAAAGAUCUGUAUGAUGAUGAAGAAACAAUCAUGGGAUUAUGGUUAAAGUUACGUGAAAGUGACCCCGUUUUAUUACGGCAAUUUGAAAAAUUUAUUGGUAAAGUUACCGAAGAAAUUAAACAAUCAAAAUUAGAUCAUCAAAGCAUUGAAGCAGCUUUACAAAGUAAAUCAUCUGUAUAUAAUGAUGAAAUAAAAAAAUUAUACGAAGAAAUGGAACAACAGAUCAAAACAGAAAAAUCUAACGUACUUGAACAAGAAAAAUUAAAAGAGCGCGAAAUUCGAGAACAAAUGGAAGAAGAAUUACGUAUUAAAGAACAACAAUUAGCUGAAGUAACUAAAAAGAAAAAUGCUUUAGAAAUGAAAUUAUUUGAUAUUAAUUUAAAUGAAACAGAAAUGAAACAUGAUAAUGAACGAUUACAGCAAGAAAAAGCCGAACUUGAAGAACAAUUACAAGAAAUCAUAAAAAAUCUUGAAGAAUCUAAACAUUAUAUAUCUCAAUUGCAACUUCAAACCAACAAAGAAAAACGAGAUCGGGCAAAGCAAACAUUAAAUUUAACUGAAAAUAUUGCUAUUGAACAUGAAAAUCUUGUUCAAGAACUUGAUAAAUUGAAAUCUAUUAAUCAGCGUUUAUUGGACGAGCGUGAUCUUCAACAGGACGCUAAAUUAAAAGAACAUGUUUCACCAUUAUAUAAUGGAUCAGUAACAGAAAAAGGCUCGAUUUUAUCGAACUAUAUUACUUCACCAUAUAACGAUGGUAGCGAACCUGAAGAAGAUGAUGGCAUUACAUUUUCAAUACAUGAUGAUUUCAGUGCAAGUUGCUUUAAAAAUGCGCAAAAUCAAAAUAAUUUCAGUACUGAAAAUCUGGGUACACGUCACCAACCUAUUGGUGCACAUGCAGCUUUUCAAUAUUCGGAGAUAAUGAAUGUAGCAUCCAAUGCUGCACCUGAUCGAAUAUUUAAAGUAGCGUUUAUUGGUGAUAGUGGAGUUGGUAAAACAAGUUUCAUUCAACGAUUUUGUCAGAAUCAAUUCACAGAAACAUUUUCAGCGACACUUGGCGUUGAUCUGCAAGUUAAAAUGCUCAAUAUAGAUGAUCGUAUUAUAGCCUUACAAUUAUGGGAUACUGCUGGCCAAGAGAGAUUUCGAAGUAUCACUAAACAAUAUUUACGUAAAUCUGAUGGAGUUAUUCUUGUUUACGAUGUUACAUGUGAAAUAACAUUUCAAAAUGUUCGUUCAUGGAUGUCAAGUAUACAGGAAUCAACUGAUGAGGAUUGUACUCUAGUUCUUGUUGGUAAUAAGAUUGAUUUAUGUGCUGAUGAUGAACAUCGACCUGUUAAAUAUAAAGAUGGAUCAAGAUUAGCUAAUACAUGUCGAUGCUUAUUCUUUGAAAGUAGUGCUCGAUUAGGUAUAUCAGUGCUUGAAAUAAUGGAAGCUGUCGCUCGAGUAAUGCAAGAAAAAGACGAUAGACUACGUAAAGGGGAAAACAUUGUAAAUCUAUCCUCUAAAACAAAGAAAAGUGGCUGUUGUUAA